AUGUCCCGGCGCAAAGCCCUGUCAGAGGCCUUGGGUGGGCCGGCGAGCCGAUGGACGGCAGGCCUGAAGGCGUCCGUCCCGCUCUCCGCGGGCAACCCCGGACAUCCGAACCUCUCGGACCGGGUUUUCCGAAGAAGGCGAUUCACCGCGCUGCACCACCCGCCCCGCCGGCCUGGAGCCGUUUUCGCCCAGGAAAGCGUGUCGGAAAUGCACGAUCCCGACGAGAGACGCUCUCGAGAGCCAGGGUGCCUCGCCAACGAGUUUGCAGGUGGGGACGAGUCGGUUUUUGCGCCCGAGUCGGUUCGAGACCGGAGAUCCGACCUUUUGCGGACCACGAAGUCCAAGGAAGAAAUCUUCAGCGGGCGCCCAGGCAACGCCGCCCGUCCAGCACCCACGGCGGGACCGGCGCCGCCCGCAGAGAGACUCUGUCCCCGGGCCGGAGGCCCGGGUCCCUCCACGCCCAACGGUCCGUCGCACGACGGCAUUAGGACCGACUUGGCAACUCGCCACCCCAGUGCUACUCCUCCAGAGCCCUCCUGCGGGGUGUACUGCCAACCCUGGAUUUCAAGUCAGUUUGGGGUGGCCCCCUCAGACUCGCGGCCCAGCAGCUCAUCACGGGCCACCGCGCGAGCGCCGGUUCGAUCUGCCGUCAGUCCCGGCUGGCCCUCCUCCGGCUGCGCCCGCUCCACCCAAGGGCCGCCAGUCCAGCACCACCUCCGGCCGUCCGUGCGACGGGGCCCUCCCGCCACUGGUCCUCCGGGCCUGCUCCGCCCGAGGGCCGCCGGACGGCGGUUCGGCUUCCGCCGGAGCUCCCGGCCCCCCCGGCAGGGGCCACGGGCUGAGUCGGCAGGGUCGGCCCGGCCCCCCAAGGCAAAGAGCGGGUGGGCGCUGACGCGGGCCGCCCUCGGGCAGGACGCCGGCGGUGUCCUGCCCGAGAUUCGAGAUUCCGACUUGGAGGCAUUCAGCCGUAAUCUCUCGGAUAGUAGCCUCGCACCACCGGCCUCUCUCGCGGACGGCCCCGCGGUCCGGCGGGGGAGGGGAGCGCCGCCGCCCGGACACGGCGCGCCCGGCCGACCUCUGCUGGCCCGGCGCCCGCUCGCCUGGCCUGCGCCGGGGCACCGCGACCCGAUUCCAGCCCCGGCCCGACCGACCAGCCCUCAGAGCCAAUCCUUCUCCCGAAGUUACGGAUCCGGCUUGCCGACUUCCCUUACCUACAUUGUUCUAUCGACCAGAGGCUGUUCACCUUGGAGACCGGCUGCUGUUAUGGCGUGCCUGCUCUUCCGGGCUGGCGGCAGGCCGCCGCGCGGCCGGAUCCCGCCCUGGCCGAGCCCUGGCCGGCCUACACUCUCGGUGCGCCUCGGGGCUUUGCCUGGCGGCCCCCCGACUCGUGGGCCCGAUAGACUCCUUGGUCCGUGUUUCAAGACGGGUCGGCAGGACUCGCGACAAUCGUCCGUGGACCCGAGGCGCCUCCGCGCCGCCGACACCGACCCGGCCGGGGACCACCGGCCAGCCGCCACCGGGGGCGGUCACGGCGAACUGGGCCCUCCGGAGGGCCGGGAGGCCCAGCCCAGCGUCCCUUCCUCGGCCUUGCGGCCGGCGCGACCACGGCCGGUCUCUAGGCUCUCCGACCGCCCCCCCGUCGGGGGACCGGGGUUGCCGGAGGAACCCCAACCGGCCGGGCUAUGCUGGCCCGGAUGCCCAGCCGGUCGCGGGCGCCGCGCCCGGGAGAAGUGCACGCGGCCGGGCCUCAGAGGCUCCCCUUGGCCCCGUCCCAUGGCUAGGGGGGUGCGGGGCCGCGGCGGGCACCGCGCCGGCCGCUGCGCCGGCCGCGCUGAAUCUCCCGGGCCCGAUCUGUGCGGCCCUCCCGUUUGCUUCUCGACGGCUUCACGUACUCUUAAACUCCCUCUUCGGAGUGCUUUUCAACUUUCCAUCAUGGUACUUGUGCUCUAUCGGUCUAGUGCCGAUAUUUAG